UACUCUGACAAAUUUACCGUCUCUUCUCUGAGAAUAUUCCACCAAAAAAAAACCUAUUCAAAAUGAAGUUCUUCACUGCCGCCGCUCUCUUUGCCGCCGUUGCCAUUGCUGGCCCUGUUGAAGUUCGCACCGGAGGCGGUAGCAUCUGCCCUGACGGCCUCUUCAGCAACCCCCAGUGCUGUGACACCCAGCUCCUCGGCAUUAUCGGCCUUGGCUGCGAAGUCCCCUCCCAAACCCCCCGUGACGGUGCCGACUUCAAGAACAUUUGUGCCAAGACUGGCGACCAGGCUCUUUGCUGCGUUCUCCCCAUCGCCGGCCAAGAUCUUCUCUGCCAGGCCGCUGUCGGUGCCGCCUAAAUGGGUUAUAUAUUUCCGACAAUCUUGUCUCGAUAGUUACCAGUUCUAGUCCAAUAUUGGAGAAUUGGGGCU